AUGUUCUUAGCAAACAGCCGAUCACCAAAGGUUACCAUUCUCAGGCGUACUGACUCUAAGCAAUCGGUCACCAAAGAAGAGUUUGCUGAGUUGUUCGGUUCGUCAGCUCCACCACGACCACCACGACUAUCUCCACCUUUACCACCGUUGCCGGCUUCGCCCAAGUUACCCAUUCUUCGCAAUACAGUACCUUACCCAUACCUUGAUGAAGACGAUCCAUUGAUCAAAGGAUUUGGUCUCGACUUUUUGUUGCAAAAUGGCUAUAUGAAUCUUCCCUCCAAACCCAACCCGGAUCCAGGAUUCGGAUAUGGCAAACAUACGACGCCAGCAGUUGCCUUCCGCCAAUACAAAGGAACUGGGCGCAAUACUGAUGCCAGGAAUUUCGUGUCGCCAGUGGAAGAACAGUACUAUAUCCACCCCAUUUUCUCUCGCGACAGGUGGAACCUACACGAAUUAGGCAGUACUUAUACGCCACACUGGGAUGCGCUCAAACCUGUCUGGCAGCUUGCCACCUUACUACUGGAAGAAAAGGUAAUGUCAGGAUUUUUGUGCGGUAUGCUGGAAAAGAGUACGCACCGCGACACUAAUGAACCCUUCGAUGGUGAGAAGACCUACUCAUUUGAAGCCAAGCAGAACGUCAAGCAGGAAGAGCUAUGGGAUCUGUGGGACAAGAUCUGGAGAUUGAAGGACAUCGUCAAGUUCGAAGCAAUGGAGAAGACUCGAGCCAACGACCAUACAACUUUUGGAGUCACCAUACCCGAGGCGUCAAUUCCUGGACUGACUCCCUCACCCAUGCAGUAUUCAUCCUUUGACAAGAUCGAUGAAGCUUCUUGUCUGCUUCGCCUUCGCUACCAAUUGGCUAUGACCCUUGUCCACGAACUUGUACAUGCUCUCUGGAUUGCUCACUUCGCUGGAUUAAAAGAACCCUUCUACCGAGACUAUCGCUACGCGGAACUGGGCUGGACGCAUGAGUGCUUGUUUGUCGACGGCGCAAUCGCCAACAUUUCCAACCGCGUGGUAUCUCCCUACGGGUUCAGUAUAGUAGAUUGGCCUGGCACAGGAUUAGUAGCAGGCGGGUUUCCUAUUCGGGCAUCCUCUGAUGCUAACCUACCGAUCACUUAUUUUCCUGUGCCCAUGGACUGGCUUCCAAAACACUUCACGCAACAGUUUUGGGAUAAUGUGCAAAGAUUUGGCUUACCUGCAUUCAAAUGUCCAAGACCGGUUCAUUGUGCUCGUCGAUAA